AAAUAUUUAAGUGAUCGAUAAAUUUUUGGUGAGAUAAAUCAUUUCAAACAUGAUUGUUUCUUAUUUAAACUGCUGUGUUUUAUACGCAAGUCGUGUGAUUAAAUUAUAGCGUGGCGUGGCUGUCUCUAGGAGCCCCUCUUUUUAAACUACCGUGCAUCGUACGUGUGUUCCUAUUAACAAGAGUAACCAUAUCUUCACAGGUCGCUCACGAGCCAUUUUAGAAAAUUAUUUAUUCAUAAUACGCUGAAAUAUUAUCCUUAAUAAUUAUUAUUAUACCGCGGUAUUUCUAUGCAACGCAAUAGUGAAGUACAUACAAAAAGGCUUUGACAAGAUGGUGCCCCUUUCGAACGAGUUUCGAAACAUAUGCAACCUCUCAUAAGUCACGGUUACUUACACAUAAAGUAUUAUGUCAGAACUUAAUAGUCCUUUGACCGCGAUUUUCGGUAUUCUAAGAACAUUAAAUUCAUCAAGGUCAAACGGACGGUUGAACUUGAAAACAUUGAUAAAACAAUAAACUCUAAAUAUUAUAUUUUACUUCGUGUUCUGUUCUAUUAUAACGCGUAUUUAUCAAACGGUUCAUGCUCAUUUUUAUAUGAAGAAAUUUUAAUUAUUAUUAUUAAAAUUGGGAACAACAUGAAAAUGUAAUUUUUUUUUUACAAAAUAUCAUUUUUCUUACAAAUUCAAUGUAAAAUAUGUCCAAUCGGAGUCAUAAGAUGCACCAAAUCGUUACCGUGUUUGUGCUCCAAAUCACUUGACGAUAAACAUACUUUUACGUUUUCUUAAUGUACGCAUUAAAAAUACAGUUCUGUUCGUGAGAUUAACAUAAUGAUAAAUUUAUUUUUAGAAAAUUUCGCCAUAUUUCGUGUAUUUCGAGUAUAUUCUUCACCAGUUGUAAAAAUGUAUUAUGUAAAUCAAUUAUCAGCGAGAAGAGUUGUGCGUGCCAUGAGGUGCUGCCAUGAGAUGCGCGUGCGAGUGGACAUCGCCAUUGUUUUCUGGUGCGCGCGAGUGUUUUCAUCGAUAUUUAGACUUUCACGUAUCUCGAACAACGACAUACAUUUCAAUAUGAUUUCGAUUAUUUCAGUGCGUAAAGAAAAUGCUACAUUGACUACUCGAUUUCUCGUGUAUUUAAUCUACAGUCGUGUUAUAUGGCAUGUUACUGAUCUCUCUGCGGCCAUCUUGGACGAGUCCACUCUGUCACCAACUGACACGCAUCAAAGAACUUGUUCUUGACAAUUGUCGGAGUACACAUAUUGUAGGUCUGACAGAUGAAUUUGUUGCGUUAGAAUCACUAAGUCUUAUCAAUGUGGGUCUUACCAGUCUAAAAGGCUUCCCAAAAUUAUCAAAUCUAAAAAAGUUGGAAUUAAGUGACAACAGAAUCUCUGGUGGUCUGAACUUCCUUCAUUCGAGUCCUAAGUUAACUCAUCUUAAUCUUAGUGGAAACAAGAUCAAAGAUCUUGAGACACUUCAACCUCUAAAAGAAUUUAAGAAUUUAAAGAGCCUGGAUCUCUUUAACAAUGAAGUGACAAACGUGGAUAAUUAUAGGGAGAAACUUUUUAGCCUUAUUCCCAGUCUUCGAUGUCUUGAUGGAUUUGAUACAGAUGACUGCGAAGUAGAUGAUAGCGAAGGAGAGGAUGAUGAAGUUAAUGGAAAUGAAGAUGGGGAUGGAGAUGCUAACGAAGAAGACAGCGAGGAAGAAACAAUUUUAGUUUCAGACGAAGAGGAUGAUGAAGAUUUUGAUGAUGGUGGUGUAGGUCUAGAAACGGUGUACAAGGAUGGUCUUGAGGAUGAAAGUGAUGAAGAUGACUUCCUUUGUGACGAAGAUGAAGAAGAUGAUGAUGAUGACAAUGAAGAGGAUGAACAGGAUGAAGAAGAAGAAUCCUCUCCUGCUCGAGGUAAAAAGAGAAAACAUGAAGAUGGAGGAGAUUCAGGGAACUAGAACCAUAAAGAUCAGGUUUCUGAUGCUGUUGAAUGAGUGUAAAAUUCGUAUAAAUAAUAAUAUUUGAGACGCCGAGUGAACACCUGGGAAUCAAACUAAUUGACCGACCAAUGACAGACUACAGUUAGUGGUGUGAAUUUAUCAGUAAACGAUUGACUGACAAAUUGUCUGUGGAACAACAAACGAUUACCACUGCAAAGAAGCGGAAUGUGAAUGAAUUAAAAGGAUCAUAAUGGCAUAAAAUAAGACUGCAUUCCAGCUGGACACAGCGCGUUUUAGUUGUACUAACGAUAUUUUAUAUAGAGUAUAUAGUUAGAGUAUUAGUGGUGUUGCAUAGUGGGUGUGAAAGAUCAGAUAUUGAAGGGCUCGGAGAAGGCAACAAUGGAGUUUUACAUAUGAAGGAGCAUAUUUGUCUGUUAGCUCCAGUCGGCCAAAGGCUUGUCACGCUGGAAUGCAGUCAUCGUUAAUCAGUACUAAGGUUACAUAAGUUACAUUUUAAAUACAUUAUUAUUGUACCAUGAAUAAGUAUAGAGUAAAUGAGGAACAACUUUUGUACAGGUUUACACCAUACAUUGAGGUGCAUUACGCCUCUGUGAUUUUUGGGACAGAAAAUAAAGAGAUAAAUAUAUGUUGCUCAUACAUUGAGCUUAUAUGUAUGAAAGACGUAUUAAGAUAGGGAUCUACAUCAUUAGAGUGAAGAAAUGAAUAAAAAAUAAUGUACAUUUCGUUUAGAAUUAAUAGUGAUUGAGAAAUGUAUAAUUGAUAUCACUUAAAAAAAAAAAAAGAUGAAUCAUUUUAGCACAUAAAGAUUAUCCUAGUAUUUUCAGUUAAUUGUUUUGAUACAAGUGACAAAAUAGUACUGGUAUUUCAAGAAAUAUUAAUCUUGCAAGAUACUGUGAAGCAACACAAAAAAACACAAUUGAUAUUGUGCUAAUAUCCUGACUUGUAACUUCUUUUUAGUAAAUUUAAAAUUCCAAAUGUUUAUGUACAAUGGCAAUAAGCCACGCAUAUUUCAUGGCUGUUAAGAUUAUUGUUAUUUACUCUUGGGCAUUCCAUGGCUACGUGUUAUGCUCUAACGUAACAUAAAACUCAUUUGAUUAGUAACAUUAUUAUAUCAUCUCUCCAUUUCAAAUUGCAGACGUUCAACUAUAUAACCGUUAAAUGUUUUUUAUAUUACUAAGUCGUACAAUUUUUUACAAUAACAAUAGAGAUACUUGUUGAAUAAACAAGUCUAAAAAUUUGGAACAUAGAGUAUUAAAGAAGAAGAAAAAAAAAAA